UAGAACACAAGUCCUCCUUGUCAGCAAGGGAAGGGAGAAUUAAUCACACAGCCUUGCCUAACUGAAGAAAGGCUGGAAUUGUUGAUGAGCAAAUGGAAUGUCUGGUCUCAGUAGAGAGAGAUUGUCUGCCAAACCCAAACAUUUAGUAAUGUGUUUGAAACAGGCCACAUGUGGUAACUAAGUCCUCAGAAGACACCAUAGGUUCUGAAUACCAUCAGAGCCAAGAGGUCAUUUAAACUCCAAGAUCCACCUCCUUAUCUUCCUUCCCCAGAGACACCACUAUCAAGAAUCUGGCUGUCAUUGGAACCAUGGGGCCAAGUCAUGUCUGCCCACAGCUGCUGGCAUUUGCAUCCCUGGGCACUGAGGUCUGAAACUCGACCCUGGCAAGGGCCCUACCCCCUUGGAGGAAAUGGCUGAACAGCCCGAGCAACAGCAGAUGAAAACUUCCUUCCUCUUCAUCCAGCUGCAGGCCCCCCCUGCCCGAGCUCACCCCUCCCAGUCUCCAGCUACUGCAGCCUGGACAGCAGCCCCAGGGGGCCCGGAGGAGGGACACAUUUUCCCAAGUCCCAGGACUGGCUUCUUGGCAGGCCGGGACCUCAGGCACACACAGGGCUUGGCUGCUCCUCCCUCCCGCCUGCUGCAGAAGGGGGGCUCUGGGACAGAGGAACCAGCUGCUUUCAGUUGCUCUGCUCUGAGGGAGGAGGAGAGAGAGGAAAAAUCCCAGGAUCUGGAUGUAAGAAGAGGUGGUGUCUGCAGAACCCCACGUCACAGGCCUUCCCCGGCCCCCGCCUCCAGGAAAUUUGGACGACUGCAGCCCCUGUCAUGCAGACUUCGUAGCCCAGCUCCCGUUAUGAGUGAUGAAAGCAACAAUCCCUCCAUGGGCUGGGAGCACUGGCCAGUCAUCACUGCCCCCCAGGACCUGUGGAGCAAGGACUCUUCGUCUUGGGAUGCCUUGGGAUGUUCAAUGCCACAGGUCAUCCUGGCUCACGCUACUGACAGGGGUGAAAGUGCUAUGCUGAGGAGAGGUGUUGCUACCUGCCAGAUUCUUCCCAAGAGCUGUGAAGAGGGCAUCAGCACCACUGUGCAAGCUAGGAGAGCAAGGCUCUACAGAUACUGUCCGCCCAUUCAGACCAGCAAGAGCUACCCGGCCCUGCCUGCCGCUCUGCCUCUCAAGGCAGAGACAUUUGUUUGGGUUAACAAUGCAUCAUCUCAUUCCCAGAGUGUUGCCAAGGCCAAAUAUGAAUUUUUAUUUGGCAUAUCUAAAGAGAAACCUCCAGAUACUAGUGAUCAUGGAGGAAGCACUUUACUCCCACCAAAUGUCACAAAUGAAUUUCCAGAAUAUGGGACCAUGGAGGAUAGUGGAGAAGGCCUAAGAACUUCUCUUGGGUUUGAUACAGAGUCUCUGCCAGGCUGCCCACAAGGGCAGCUGGGGGUCCAGCUUCUUCAUGGCCACCAGUCUGGGCUUGAGAGUGUUACCGAAGGACCAAAAGAUGUCAGAGAGUCCCUCUCUCAAAGUCACCUCAAGGAACAAAGUUUACAACCCAUUGACUCCUUGAUUUCAACCCUGAAAGCCACAGAGGCCAGAAAAGCUUCAGGAACAUUACAGGCUACAAAGGUACUGGACAAAGAUGCUAUUUCUAGUUUUUCAGUUCAGCAGGUGGAUAAAGAGCUGGACACUGUCCCUCAUAAAACAAAGAGACAGGGAGCCAAAAAAUUAUUUCCUGCUGGCCAAGAAAAAGCACCAGAUAUACCUCUUUCAGCUGAAGUUACGACUGAGGAGAACUUUUAUUUGAGCAUCCAGAAGGAUCAGACUGUACUCUUAACCGGAGAAGCUCAGGCACAGCUUUCCAAGAUAACUAAUAAUGGUAGAAAAGGGGCUGUCCAUGUGCAGGAGCCAGCUUGUUCUAUAUCCUCCCUGGGGAGCCCAGCAGUGACGCAUACCUCUGCAGGCAGUGUUGCUCUUUUGAGAGAGAAGAGGUCUGAUCAAGGUAGCUCCACAGGACGCCCAGGCCGGGUCAAACACGUGGAAUUUCAAGGGGUGGAAAUAUUGUGGACAGGAGGGGAGAAAAGAGAGAUACAGCAUCCUGUGGAUUUUGAGAUAUCAUUGGAAAGGAGCACCUCUCCUGAAAACAGAGAACUUUCCAGAGUGCCAACCCAUCUCAUUUCAUGUGCUGGUUUGUAUAAUUCAGUUGGUUUAACUGAGAGUGUUUGGGAUGAAACCUGGAGAUCAUCAGAGAAGCUGGGCACCAGCUCAGGGACGUUUUCCCCUCUGCCUCUUGUUGAGAGUGGAGAGGAUGAAGUCUUCCUAAAGGAAAACAAAGAACAUCUUGAGAAGAAACCUGAACUGGAGAGAGACAAGGAAAGGAUUCUUGAGCUAGAGGAGCACUUUAGGGGAGGAGAUGAUGAUGUCCUUGGGCCUGCCUAUACAGAGGACUCCACUGAUGUGUACAGCUCCCAGUUUGAAACCAUUUUGGACAACACUUCCUUAUACUACAGUGCUGAGUCCUUGGAGACAUUAUAUUCAGAACCUGAUAGCUAUUUUAGCUUUGAAAUGCCUCUCACUCCAAUGAUACAGCAGCGCAUUAAAGAAGGCAGUCAGUUUCUGGAGAGGACAACAGUGGCAGGACAGCAAGACGUCCUGAGUGUCUCAGCAGAUGGUGGAAUAGUGAUGGGUUAUUCUAGUGGGAUCACCAACGGGCUGAAUGACACCAGUGACUCCAUCUACACGAAAGGCACACCAGAGAUUGCUUUCUGGGGAAGAUACCGCUCAGGAUAUGGAGGAAUACAGCAGAAGAGCAAUGCUGGGGUAAAAACAGCACUACUAGAGACUCAUUCUGAGAUGGGGAGCACUGAAAUUCUGGAAAAGGAGACCUCAGAAAGUCUCAGUAAUGGUACCAGCAGCAACAUAGAAGCAGCCAAAAGGUUGGCCAAACGCCUUUAUCAACUAGACAGAUUCAAAAGAUCGGAUGUCGCAAAGCACCUAGGCAAGAACAAUGAAUUUAGCAAACUAGUUGCAGAAGAAUAUCUGAAGUUUUUUGAUUUUACAGGAAUGACACUGGAUCAGUCUCUCAGGUAUUUCUUUAAAGCAUUUUCUCUUGUGGGAGAAACUCAAGAACGAGAGAGAGUUUUAAUACAUUUCUCCAAUAGAUAUUUUUACUGUAACCCAGACACUAUUGCUUCACAAGAUGGAGUCCAUUGCCUCACCUGUGCAAUGAUGCUUCUUAACACAGAUCUCCAUGGCCAUAAUAUUGGAAAGAAGAUGACCUGCCAAGAGUUCAUUGCAAACCUCCAAGGGGUAAAUGAAGGUGGUGAUUUCUCCAAGGAUCUAUUGAAAGCUCUGUACAACUCAAUUAAGAAUGAGAAGCUUGAAUGGGCAGUAGAUGAUGAAGAGAAAAAAAAAUCUCCAACUGAAGGAACUGAUGAGAAGGCUAAUGGAACACAUCCAAAGACCAUCAGUCGUAUUGGGAGUACUACCAACCCAUUCUUAGACAUUCCUCAUGACCCAAAUGCUGCUAUAUACAAAAGUGGAUUCUUGGCUCGGAAAAUCCAUGCAGAUAUGGAUGGGAAGAAGACUCCAAGAGGGAAGCGAGGAUGGAAAACAUUUUAUGCUGUACUAAAAGGAACAGUCCUUUACUUGCAAAAGGAUGAAUAUAAACCUGAAAAGGCCCUGUCUGAAGAGGAUUUGAAAAACGCCGUGAGUGUGCAUCAUGCGCUGGCAUCCAAGGCCAUAGACUACGAGAAGAAGCCGAAUGUACUUAAACUUAAAACUGCCGACUGGAGGGUCUUGCUUUUUCAAGCUCAGAGUGCAGAGGAAAUGCAAGGAUGGAUAAACAAAAUUAAUUGUGUUGCAGCUGUAUUUUCUGCACCACCAUUUCCAGCAGCCAUUGGUUCUCAGAAGAAGUUUAGUCGUCCACUUCUGCCUGCUACUACAACAAAACUGUCUCAGGAGGAACAGCUGAAAUCUCAUGAAAGCAAACUGAAGCAGAUUACCACUGAGCUGGCUGAACACCGCUCAUAUCCCCCGGAUAAGAAAGUUAAAGCCAAGGAGAUAGAUGAAUACAGACUGAAAGAUCACUAUCUGGAAUUUGAGGAGCAGUGCAAGGACAUUUCUCAAUACAAUGCCAACUGCCACAAGUCAAAUCCACCUCUGGAACAAAAGAAAACCCGUUAUGAAAUUUAUGUCAGCAUUCUAAAAGAAGGAGGCAAGGAGCUCCUGAGUAACAAUGAAAUUGAGGCUGCAGGACUGAAGAAGUCACAUUCAAGUCCUUCACUGAACCCAGAUUCAUCUCCAGUCACAGCCAAGGUCAAGCGUAAUGUGUCAGAGAGGAAAGAUCACCGACCUGAAACACCAAGCAUUAAGCAAAAAGUUACUUAGAAUCGAUCUGUGACCAGGAGGUACUGGUCAUGGAGCAAAACAGAGUUUUUCAAGAUCUUUCUGGUAAACCCGUGAAUAUAUUUUUAAAAAGUUUGUGACUAAAUGGUGCAUUAGUAACCUU